GCUGAUUUAAGCUUAUAAUUUAUAAUUUUCAAAACUAGGGUUUACUAAAAUUGAUUUUGCAUAAUUGAUUUUGUAGGUUCCCUUUGAUUCAAUCAUGGAGGAUUCACAAUCAACACCUGCUUCCGUUAACUCAAAUGCAAUGUUUCCACCACUACAUCCUCCUCCAAGAUCUUCUAACGCCUCUACAGAAGUUAGUUCAGUUGGACUAGUACCAACUGCAGGUGAAGCUCCAUCUGCACCAGCUGCCAAUGUUUCCGAUGUUUCACCAGCUUCUAAGAAGCGGAAGAAAACUUCAUGGGUAUGGGAUCACGUUGAUAUAGACCAUGCACCUUCGACAAUGGUAACUUGCAAGAAAUAUAAACAAAGAAUGAAAGCUGACUUCUACACAUGGGACCGGCUCCUUGAAUAACUAUUUAAAAAAGUGUCUGAAUCUUAUUCCUAAGGAUUCUGGUCAGUCGACUCUUUCUUUUGAACCUGCUAGGCUGGGAGAAGAUGAAAAGUUAGUUGUUGUAACUUUUUGUCAGGAUUCGUGUAAAAAAUCAUUGGUUAUAUUGAUCAUGGUGGAUGAGCAUCCUUUUAGAAUAGUUGAGGGGGAAGGUUUCCGAGAAUUUUGCAGCGUACUUGAGAGUAGACUCAAGAUACCAUCUCGUAUCACUGUACGAAGAGAUGUUAUGGAACUGUUCGCGUACGAGAAGAGAGAUUGAAGAAUUAUUUCAAGGUUAAUAAAGUCAGAGUUUGCGUCACCACUGACACAUGAAGCUCACUUCAAAAGUUGGGAUAUAUGGUUAUUACUGUACAUUGGAUAGAUGCUAAUUGAAGUUGCAUAAGAAGAUAAUUAGUUUCAUCCAAAUUAUAGGUCAUAGAGGUGAGACUAUUGGUAGGAUGAUAGGAACAUGCUUGUUAGAUUGAGAGAUCGAAAAUGUGUUUACUAUAACUUUAGAUAAUGUUUUUGCCAACGAUGUAGCUAUAACAUAUCUGCAAAAUCAAGUGCUCAGAAAAAAUUCAGAUUUAGUGAAAGGUUUCUUACAAGUGAGAUGCACUGCUCACGUCCUUGCCCUUGUUGUGAAGCAUGGA